GAAGGGGAGGGGGCGCCUACAAGCCCCGCCCACAUCCCCGCCCACUUCCGGCGCGGCGGGCGGGCUGCUGAGGGAGGAGGAGGAGCCGCGCCGCCGCCCCUGCCCCGGGCCAGCCCCGGGAUGGUGUUGGCCGCGGGAGCCGGGCCUUGACGCCGUGCUCAGACUGAAGACAGCAGUAAUGCUCACUCUGGCAAGCAAGUUGAAGCGGGAUGAUGGUGUCAAAGGACCCCGUGCAUCCAAUCCAGCUUCUGAUUCCACUCGGAGGGUGUCUGUACGAGAUAAAUUGCUUGUUAAAGAGGUUGCAGAACUUGAAGCUAAUUUACCUUGUACAUGUAAAGUGAAUUUUCCUGACCCAAACAAGCUUCAUUACUUUCAGCUAACUGUAAUCCCAGAUGAGGGCUAUUACCAAGGUGGAAAAUUUCAGUUUGAAAUUGAAGUUCCUGAUGCCUACAAUAUGGUGCCUCCGAAAGUAAAAUGCUUGACGAGAAUCUGGCAUCCAAACAUCACAGAAACAGGAGAAAUCUGCUUAAGUUUAUUGAGAGAACAUUCAAUUGAUGGCACUGGCUGGGCUCCAACUAGAACAUUAAAGGAUGUUGUCUGGGGAUUAAACUCUUUAUUUACUGAUCUUUUGAAUUUUGACGAUCCUUUGAAUAUUGAGGCUGCAGAACAUCAUUUGCGUGACAAGCUGAGCUGUCUUAGUAGGAACAACAGAACCAUCCCAGUCCAAACCCAUCUUUGCAAAAGAGCGCACCCUGAGGACUUCAGGAAUAAAGUUGAAGAUUACAUUAAGCGCUAUGCGAGAUGAUGAAGGGCAAUGGCCAGCAGGACCACGGCUUCCAUGCUGCAGAGCUGUCUUUAACUUCAAUAACACCAACCAGAAGAAAACCAGCCCGGACUGUACCAGUCCAGUGUCCAUGUUGUACCGAAGAAGAAACCUAACUUCAUAACUUGUCCAUGUUAAAAGGAGAGUUCAGCAUAAAUACAGCAAGAAAUAGUGUUUGUUGGUUGAAAAA